UUCAGUCAUUCGUAUUAUCCUAGAGUUUGCGCCAGUGGCAACGCUAAAAAACACUACCAAGUUGGGGGAGGGGUUGAUACGAGCACAUAAAAGGACUUGUCGUACUUUUCUGUUUUACAGUUCUUUUUAAACCUCUUAUUUGACGCAAUCUAAUCUUUCAAAAAAAGUUAGCAUCAACUAACAACAUAACUUGACAAAAAAAAAAAGAUUUGAGAAAUAAAGAAGAAAUAAAUCACUAGUAAAAAAAAUAUUAGUGAACUUGAAAAAAGUGGUAUUUUAGUUUGAAAUAAUUAAAAAGUAUUUAAAUAAUUGAUUUUUUUUAAACAAAGAUAAAUAGCAAUGAAGAAUUUUCUAUCAUUGUCAAACUUAGUUCUAGUGAUUUUGAUUAUUUAUUCAAUCAGUUUUACUAGUGCUCUAACGACUUUUGGGAAAACUAAUACACAAAAUCAAAAUCCACCCUCACCAUCAACUCCAGUUAUGGUGGAGGUGGUAACAGCCAUCAGUAGACCAUCAGUAACAUUUGAAAUAGCUCGUUUAACUAGUAUGGGAAGAGCUAGUGGUGGCAGACCUGGCAUGAAGACUUCUCAUUCAGGACAUGGCAGUUUGGGUAAAGGACGAGAUUGUAAAGUUAAUGAAGAUUGCGUUGUAAUACAAAACGCCACAUGUCUAUCAGAUCCACAUGAUGGUAAAAAACGAUGUCUUUGUGGCGAUUAUUCUACUCCAAUUAACGGCCAUUGUAAUAAUAAAUAUAAAGCGGUAGGAGCACCUUGUGAUAAUCAUGAAGAGUGUGAUGAAGGAGCUGAAUGUAUUUUCGGCAAUAAUACAUCUCAUGGAAAAAAAUGUCAAUGUAUGGAAGGCUAUUAUGAAGAAAACAAUAGAUGCAAUGGAUCGCAAUCGAUAUUUAAUUCUUCGUCAAUUAUUCUCAUAAUCUUCACAAUGCUGUUGGCCACUAGCAUGAAUUAAAUCAAGUAAAGGAUAGUUGAUAAUAUGAAAAACAAGAGAAAGACUGUGAAAAGAGUAAAAAAUUCUUCAAUAUCUUCUAAAAAAUUCUUAAUGCUUUUUAAAAUUCUACAACAAUUGGAUUCAUCGUUCAAUUAAUCACUUCAGCAUAACAAAUAAGAAAAUAGAAAAUUCAUUAGUAAAGUAGAUC